AUGACGACCGAUUUGGAUCUCGAAAAAGCUGGUGAGCUUUCUGCCGACUGGCUUGAAUUGGAAGCCAAGUUAGGUGUCCGUCCAAGCCUCGACUUGGUUACGCAGCCGAUAGAACAGAUCCGGGAAACGCUUCGACUAAGCACACUCGCGCAAGCGCAAAGCAACCCGCCUCCAGAAAGAGAGCGAUUGCAUGUCAAAGAUCACCUGGUGCAAACCUCUGAUGGUCAAGAGAUUUCGGUCCGGACAUACCGUCCCAAAGGUCUGACCGGCCAAGAGCUACCGGUGGGUGUUUUCUACCACGGCGGAGGAUUUGUCUUGGGAGAUAUAGACCGGGAGCAUCCGUUAUGUUGCAGCAUAUCAGAUCAGGCAGGGUCGAUUGUGGCAAGCGUGGGCUACCGACAUGCACCCGAACACCCAUACCCAACCCCGGUCGACGAUGCGUACGCUGGCCUUCUCUGGGUGUUGGAUAACGUGCAAGACCUGGGUGGACACCGUGAUCUAGUAUAUACUGUCGGAGUAAGCGCGGGCGGGAAUCUGGCGACUGCUGUAGUGCGAAAAUUACGCGACUCCACACGAGGAGAACGGGUUGCUGCGCAAGUCUUACGGGUUCCGAAUUGUUGUCAUCCUCGAGCUUUCCCCGAAUGUUUGGCCAAACCUACCAGCAGUUAUGCCCGCUUCGUCGACGCCCCCAUCCUCUCAACAGGGGUGAUGGAUAACUUUUGGGCCUUGUAUCACGUGCCGGAUGAUCGAGUCCAUUCUCUCGACUGUUCACCCCUCCUGGCGUCCGAGUUCGACCAGUUUCCCCCAACCUACAUCUCGGUGUGCGGAUGCGACCCCCUCAGGGACGAGGGCUUAGAGUAUGCCAAAAAAUUAGAGGCUAGUGGCGUGCAGGUCAAACUUGACGUUAUACCUGGAUAUCCUCACGGGUACUUCCAAUGGCCUCAGCUUUCCGGAGCCGAAGAAGCAAAACGAAUGUUCCUCGAUGCGAUCAAAUGGGCUAUAAAUCAAGCCAGAUCUAAAGUCUAG